ACCACCACCACCACCACCCCAACCACCACCACCACCACCACAACCACCACCACAACCACCACCACCACAACCACCACCCCAACCACCACCUCAACCACCACCACCCCAACCACCACCACAACCACCACCCCAACCACCACCCCAACCACCACCACCCCAACCACCACCACCACAACCACCACCCCAACCACCACCCCAACCACCACCACCAAAACCACCACCACUACCCCAACCACUACCACCACAACCACCACCCCAACCACCACCACCACAACCACCACCACAACCACCACCACAACCACCACCACAACCACCACCACAACCACCACCCCAACCACAACCACCACCCCAACCACCACCACCCCAACCACCACCCCAACCACCACCCCAACCACCACCACAACCACCACCACAACCACAACCCCAACCACCACCACGACCACCACCACCACCCCAACCACCACCAUCACCCCAACCACCACCCCAACCACCACCACCACCACCACCACAACCACCACCACCACCACCACGACCACCACCACCACCCCAACCACCACCACAACCACCACCACAACCACAACCACCACCACCACCACCACAACCACCACCACCACCACCACCACCACCACAACCACCACCACCACCACCACGACCACCACCACCACCCCAACCACCACCACAACCACCACCACAACCACAACCACCACCACCACCACCACCACGACCACCACCACCACCCCAACCACCACCACAACCACCACCACAACCACCACCACCACCACCACGACCACCACCACCACCACCACCACCACCACAACCACCACCACCACCACCACAACCACCACCACAACCACAACCACCACCACCACCACCACCACCACAACCACCACCACAACCACCACAACCACCACCACCACCCCAACCACCACCACCCCAACCACCACCACCCCAACCACCACCACCACCACCACCACCCCAACCACCACCACCACAACCACCACAACCACCACCACCACCACCCCAACCACCACCACCACCCCAACCACCACCACAACCACCACCCCAACCACCACCCCAACCACCACCACCCCAACCACAACCACCACCCCAACCACCACCACUACCCCAACCACCACCACCACAACCACCACCACAACCACCACCACCACCACCACCACCACCACGACCACCACCACCACCACCACCACCACCACAACCACCACCACCACCACCACAACCACCACCACAACCACAACCACCACCACCACCACCACCACCACAACCACCACCACAACCACCACAACCACCACCACCACCCCAACCACCACCACCCCAACCACCACCACCCCAACCACCACCACCACCACCACCACCCCAACCACCACCACCACAACCACCACAACCACCACCACCACCACCCCAACCACCACCACCACCCCAACCACCACCACAACCACCACCCCAACCACCACCCCAACCACCACCACCCCAACCACCACCACCACCACAACCACCACCACAACCACCACCCCAACCACAACCACCAACCCAACCACCACCACCCCAACCACCACCCCAACCACCACCCCAACCACCACCACAACCACCACCACAACCACAACCCCAACCACCACCACGACCACCACCACCACCCCAACCACCACCAUCACCCCAACCCACCCAACCACCACCCCAACAACCACCACAACCACCACCACCACCACCACGACCACCACCACCACCCCAACCACCACAACCACCACCACCACCCCAACCACCACCACUACCCCAACCACCACCACCACAACCACCACCCCAACCACCACCACCAAAACCACCACCACAACCACCACCCCAAACACAACCACCACCACAACCACCACCCCAACCACAACCACCACCCCAACCACCACCACCCCAACCACCACCCCAACCACCACCCCAACAACCACCACAACCACCACCACAACCACAACCCCAACAACCACCACGACCACCACCACCACCCCAACCACCACCACAACCACCACCACCACGACCACCACCACCACCCCAACCACCACCACCACAACCACAACCCCAACGACCACCACAACCACCACAACCACCACAACCACCACCACCACCACCACCACCAUCACCCCAACCACCACCACCCCAACAACCACCACGACCACCACCAUCACCCCAACCACCACCCCAACAACCACCACGACCACCACCACCACCCCAACCACCACCACAACCACCACCACUACCACCACAACCACAACCACCACCACAACCACCACAACCACCACCACCACCGCAACCACCACCACCACAACCACCACAACCACCACCACAACCACCACAACCACCACCACCACCACCCCAACCACCACCACCCCAACCACCACCACCACCACCACCACCACCACCACUACCACCACAACCACAACCACCACCACAACCACCACCACCACAACCACCACCACCACCACAACCACCACCACCACCCCAACCACCACCACCACAACCACCACAACCACCACCACAACCACCACAACCACCACCACCACCACCACAACCACCCCAACCACAACCACCACCACCACCACCACCACCACCACCCCAACCACAACUACCACCACAACCACCACCACCACUACCACUACCACCACCACAACUACCACCCCAACCACCACCACCACCCCAACCACAACCACCACCACAACCACCACCACAACCACCACCCCAACCACAACCACCACCCCAACCACCACCACCCCAACCACCACCCCAACCACCACCCCAACCACCACCACAACCACCACCACAACCACAACCCCAACCACCACCACGACCACCACCACCACCCCAACCACCACCAUCACCCCAACCACCACCCCAACCACCACCACCAUCACCCCAACCACCACCCCAACCACCACCACCACCACCACCACCACCACCACAACCACCACCCCAACCACCACCACAACCACCACCACAACCACAACCACCACCACCACCACCACCACCACCACCACCACAACCACCACCACAACCACAACCACCACAACCACCACCACAACCACCACCACCCCAACCACCACCACCACCCCAACCACCACCACCCCAACCACCACCACCCCAACCACCACCACCACCCCAACCACCACCACAACUACCACCACAACCACCACCCCAACCACCACCACCCCAACCACCACCACCACAACCACCACCCCAACCACCAACCCAACCAUCACCACCCCAACCACAACCACCACCCCAACCACCACCACCACCACCACCACCACCACCACCACAACCACCACCACAACCACAACCACCACAACCACCACCACCACCACAACCACCACCACCACCCCAACCACCACCACCACAACCACCACAACCACCACCACAACCACCACAACCACCACCACCACCACCACAACCACCCCAACCACAACCACCACCACCACCACCACCACCACCACCCCAACCACAACUACCACCACAACCACCACCACCACUACCACUACCACCACCACAACUACCACCCCAACCACCACCACCACCCCAACCACAACCACCACCACAACCACCACCACAACCACCACCCCAACCACAACCACCACCCCAACCACCACCACCCCAACCACCACCCCAACCACCACCACAACCACCACCACAACCACAACCCCAACCACCACCACGACCACCACCACCACCCCAACCACCACCAUCACCCCAACCACCACCACACCACCACCCACCACCACCCCAACCACCACCACAACCACCACCACAACCACAACCACCACCACCACCACCACCACCACCACCACCACCACCACAACCACCACCACAACCACAACCACCACAACCACCACCACAACCACCACCACCCCAACCACCACCACCACCCCAACCACCACCACCCCAACCACCACCACCCCAACCACCACCACCACCCCAACCACCACCACAACUACCACCACAACCACCACCCCAACCACCACCACCCCAUCCACCACCACCACAACCACCACCCCAACCACCACCCCAACCAUCACCACCCCAACCACAACCACCACCCCAACCACCACCACCCCAACCACCACCACUACCCCAACCACCACCACCACAACCACCACCCCAACCACCACCACCACAACCACCACCACAACCACCACCCCAACCACAACCACCACCACAACCACCACCACAACCACCACCCCAACCACAACCACCACCCCAACCACCACCACCCCAACCACCACCCCAACCACCACCCCAACCACCACCACAACCACCACCACAACCACAACCCCAACCACCACCACGACCACCACCACCACCCCAACCACCACCAUCACCCCAACCACCACCCCAACCACCACCCCAACAACCACCACAACCACCACCACCACCACCACGACCACCACCACCACCCCAACCACCACCACCACCCCAACCACCACCACCACAACCACCACCCCAACCACCACCCCAACCACCACCACCCCAACCACCACCACCACAACCACCACCCCAACCACCACCACAACCACCACGACCACCACCACCACCCCAACCACCACCCCAACAACCACCACAACCACCACCACCACCACCACAACCACCACCACAACCACAACCACCACCACCACCACCACCACCACAACCACCACCACAACCACCACCACAACCACCACAACCACCACCACCACCCCAACCACCACCACCCCAACCACCACCACCACCACCAACACAACCACCUCCACCACCACAACCACCACCACAACCACCACCACAACCACCACCCCAACCACCACCACCCCAACCACCACAACCACCACCACCACCACAACCACCACCACUACCCCAACCACCACCACCACAACCACCACCCCAACCACCACCACCACAACCACCACCCCAACCACCACCACCACAACCACCACCACAACCACCACCACAACCACCACCACAACCACCACCCCAACCACCACCCCAACAACCACCACAACCACCACCACCACCACCCCAACCACCACCCCAACCACCACCCCAACAACCACCACAACCACCACCACCACCACCACCACCACCACAACCACCACCACAACUACCACCACCACCACAACCACCACCACCACCACCCCAACCACCACCACAACCACCACCACAACCACAACCACCACCACCACCACCACCACCACCACAACCACCACAACCACCACCACCACCCCAACCACCACCACCCCAACCACCACCACCACCACCAACACAACCACCACCCCAACCACCACCACAACCACCACCCCAACCACCACCACAACCACCACCACCACCACCAACACAACCACCACCCCAACCACCACCACAACCACCACCCCAACCACCACCACCACAACCACCACCACAACCACCACCCCAACCACCACCCCAACCACCACCACAACCACCACCACCACCACCCCAACCACCACCACCACAACCACCACCCCAACCACCACCCCAACCACCACCACCCCAACCACAACCACCACCCCAACCACCACCACCACAACCACCACCACUACCCCAACCACCACCACCACAACCACCACCACCACCACCACCACAACCACCACCCCAACCACCACCACCACUACAACCACCACCCCAACCACCACCACCACAACCACCACCAAAACCACCACCACAACCACCACCCCAACCACCACCACCACAACCACCACCAAAACCACCACCACCACCACCACCCCAACCACAACCACCACCACAACCACCACCACAACCACCACCCCAACCACAACCACCACCCCAACCACCACCACCACCACCACCACAACUACCACCACAACCACCACCCCAACCACCACCACCCCAACCACCACCACCACAACCACCACCACAACCACCACCACAACCACAACCACCACCCCAACCACCACCACCACCACCCCAACCACCACCCCAACAACCACCACAACCACCACCACCACCACCACGACCACCACCACCACCCCAACCACCACAACCACCACCACCACCCCAACCACCACCACUACCCCAACCACCACCACCACAACCACCACCCCAACCACCACCACCACAACCACCACCACAACCACCACCCCAACCACAACCACCACCACAACCACCACCCCAACCACCACCCCAACAACCACCACAACCACCACCACCACCACCCCAACCACCACCACCCCAACCACCACCCCAACCACCACCCCAACCACCACCCCAACAACCACCACAACCACCACCACC